GUUGCAUUGUGGGACACAGAGUAAGAUGGUAGCGCUCGCAGAGAGCAUGUUGAAGUGCUAAUAUCAUCUCUGUUUUAGUUGUGACAUUAUCAAAAUUACAUAGUUGUUGUGGCGUUAACAAAAUAAUCGGCUUAUCCAAAGCUUUUGUUGACACGGAAACAGGUCUUGGACAUGUCUGUUCUGGGAGGUUUGCUGAGAGCUGGAGCGUCUUUCUGUCAAUCUGCUGGGACUCUGCUGAACCCAGUCAGAACCUUUUCCACAGGAACAUGCUGUCAGAUUAGGAUGCACGGGAUUCCUAAACCAAAAGUUGUUGACAGAUGGACUGAGAAGAGAAGCAUGUAUGGGGUUUAUGAUAACAUCGGCAUCUUGGGGGACUUUAAAGCACAUCCUAAAGAUCUAAUUAUUGGCCCCAGCUGGGUGAAAGGGUUUAAAGGUAAUGAACUGCAGCGUUUGAUUAGGAAAAAGAAGCUGGUGGGAGACAGAAUGAUGACAAUGGAAAAACACAACAUGGAGAAGAGAAUCCGCUUCCUCUACAAACGUUUCAACCGCACCGGAAAACACCGUUAAUGCCAUCGUGUACACAUGAUCAGAGAAAGCAUCACAUCUAUAAGGAACUGUCAGAGAUGUUAGUUCAUCCUGUGCUGUAACGAUGAAGAGAAUCUGUGUCUGUAUGUGCUGAGUAUUUUCUUUUGGUGUUUGUAACUGAUUUAUCCAAACACAGCAAGCGACAUAAAAGCCUGAA